GUUGCUUCGUUGAAUCGUGAACCAGUGUCAGUGACAGAAGUUGUUGACCAAAGAUUUGCGAUUGCGAUGGCGAUGGCGAUGGCGAUGACAGUGGCAGAGAAGAAGCCUAAAACAAAAAUCGUAUGCACACUUGGACCGGCAUCGAGGUCUGUGCCGAUGAUCGAGAAGCUUCUAGAAGCAGGCAUGAACGUUGCUCGCUUUAACUUCUCUCAUGGUUCCCAUGAAUACCAUCAGGAAACCCUCGACAACCUUAGGGCCGCCAUGGAAAACACUGGUAUUCUCUGCGCCGUCAUGCUCGACACUAAGGGGCCUGAGAUUAGAACUGGAUUUCUCAAGGAUGGCAAGCCUAUCCAACUUAAACAAGGUAAGGAGAUAACAAUUUCCACUGACUAUAGCAUAAAGGGAGAUGAGAAUAUGAUCUGUAUGAGCUACAAAAAGUUGGCUGAGGAUGUGAAGCCUGGGAGUGUCAUACUGUGCGCGGAUGGCACCAUCUCAUUUUCGGUUUUGUCAUGUGACAAAAAAUUGGGUAUGGUUCGAUGCCGCUGUGAGAACUCUGCCGUUCUUGGUGAGAGAAAGAAUGUUAAUCUGCCUGGAGUAGUAGUGGAUCUCCCAACUUUGACUGACAAAGACAAGGAAGAUAUCUUGGUCUGGGGCGUUCCCAAUAAAAUUGACAUGAUUGCUCUUUCUUUUGUCCGGAAAGGUUCUGACCUGGUGGAAGUUCGCAAACUGCUGGGAAACCACGCUAAGAACAUUCUUCUCAUGUCAAAGGUUGAAAACCAAGAAGGGGUUGCAAAUUUUGAUGAAAUCCUUGCAAAUUCAGAUGCAUUUAUGGUGGCACGUGGUGACCUUGGAAUGGAAAUUCCAAUAGAGAAGAUAUUUCUUGCACAGAAAGUGAUGAUAUACAAGUGCAACAUCCAAGGAAAACCAGUUGUUACUGCGACCCAGAUGUUGGAGUCAAUGAUCAAAUCUCCCAGGCCAACCAGAGCUGAAGCUACUGAUGUUGCCAAUGCAGUUCUGGAUGGCACAGAUUGUGUGAUGCUUAGUGGUGAGACGGCUGCCGGAGCUUAUCCAGAACUUGCUGUUCGAACGAUGGCUAAAAUAUGCAUUGAAGCCGAGAGCACCCUUGACUAUGGAGAUGUAUUUAAAAGGGUGAUGGAGCACUCGCCAGUACCAAUGAGUCCAUUGGAGAGUUUAGCUUCUUCUGCUGUUAGAACAGCCAACUCAGCUAGAGCAGCUCUUAUAUUGGUUUUAACUAGAGGAGGGAGCACUGCAAAAUUAGUGGCUAAAUACAGGCCAGGCAUGCCAAUUCUUUCUGUUGUUGUUCCUGAGAUUAAGACUGAUACAUUUGAUUGGUCAUGCAGUGAUGAGGCCCCUGCGAGACAUAGCCUGAUAUUCCGUGGGUUGGUUCCAGUAUUGAGUGCAGCUUCUGCUAGAGCUUCUCAUGCAGAAACAACUGAAGAAGCAUUAGAAUUCGCCAUUCAACAUGCCAAGGCAAAGGGUCUCUGCAAUAAUGGGGAUUCUGUUGUGGCUCUGCAUCGUGUGGGCACUGCAUCUAUCAUCAAAAUCGUAACAGUGAAAUGAUCACCCAUUUAAAGGAGUUCUUCAGCUUCUUUUGGCAAAUUUUUAAGAUGGUGCCAAUGAGGUCUCAUAAUACCUCUUUCAAUCUAUAUUGCAUGCAAAACUUCAAUUCGAAGCAUUUAUAAGGGUGGGUUUUUUUACUUAUCUAUCACUGUUUCUUUUAUAUAUUUUCCUGAUUGGUUAUCACUGUGGCGAGUGACGACCUCUUUUCCUUUGUUAAGAUUAUGUAUGUGGCUUUUGGUAAACCGAAAAACUCGCCGACUUCUGGAUUUUGAAUUUUUUACUCUCUAAAGUUUUUG